AUGGCAUCAGGGGAGGAUGUCAACACCUCCCUGACAGAGGGGAGGAAUGUCCCAUUGGACAUAGACGAUGUGCACAUGCUCCUGCAAGUGGAACAGGAGCAGAUUCAGAAGAGGACAUUCACAAACUGGAUCAAUGCUCAGCUCUCUAAGCACUCACUAAGAGUUUGUGUUUGUCAAAAGAGCUCCCCCUCCAGGGUGGAGAACCUGUUUGUCGAUCUGCGUGAUGGCGUGCGACUCCUUGACCUGCUGGAGGUGAUGAGUGGCCAGCGCCUAAAAAGAGAGAAAGGCCGUGGACUCUUCCAGCAGAGAGGCAACAUUGAGACGGCUUUGAACUUUUUGAGGAGCAAAUCGAUCAAACUGGUGAAUAUCAAUAUUCCUGAUGUCAUUGAGGGAAAGCCAUCCAUUAUCCUUGGCCUAAUAUGGACCAUUAUCCUGCACUGUCAUAUAGAGGAGCUGGCCAACACUCUUUCCUACAGCUCUCGACACUCUUCCCUGGAGUCUUUAUCCAGCCUGGACUCUGACUCUGGCGCUGGAACACCUUUACGAGGCAGCCCUGUCCCGUGCCGAGCUUCUCCCCUACAUCACCGCUUCCGGCUCUCCGCCAAGAAGGCUCUGCUCCUGUGGGUCAGGGACCAGUGCAAGAAGGUUGGCUGCUCCAUUAGUAUAAAGGACUUUAAAACCAGCUGGAGGAGUGGAGUGGCAUUCUUGGCCAUUUUGUGUUCCCUGAGACCAGACUUGGUGGAUCUUUCCCUGGCACAGACCAGGACUAAUCUGCAGAACCUGGAACACGCAUUCUGCAUUGCAGAGCAAGAACUGGGCAUUCCCAGACUGCUUGAGCCUGAAGACAUUGACAUCCGUAACCCUGAUGAGAAGUCCAUCAUGACCUAUGUGGCUCAGUUUCUACAGUAUUCCAAUGACCUGCCCACACCAGACGAUGACCUAGAGGGAUCACCUAGUCAGAAGGCCCGAGAGAUGACCAACUGGCUGCAGAGAGCCUAUGAGCAGCUGCAGGAGGCCUGGGACUCAACCGAGAGAGCAGGAUAUUCAGAGAGGUACCAGGCAUUCCAGACAUUUGUGGCAUGGUACUGUGAGCAGAGACGACCAGUGCUGCCCAUGCUGAGUGCUAUGAAGCACAGUGCUAAACUCAGUGAGGAGCAGUGCACCCUUAGAAAGGCCUGGGACAAAAUGGAGGAGAAGCUGAAACAAUGCAGGGUAGAUCUGGAUGUGAAUAUGCCCACACCACUGGACACACUGGGCCUAUGGCUACAGAAGAUGGAGGUGGUGCUCUCUGAGGAGGAUGGAGACCUACACGACCAUGCCCGUGCUGCCAGAGAUGCCAGGGACAAACAUGAGCAACUCAAGGUCCUCCUGACAGAUAUGAGCUGCCACUUGAACACCCUUCACACUUUUAGUAACACAGACGAAGACGGCUGCGCACUUCUGCCUCAGGAUAAACUGGAUGAGGUAAAGAGACGUUUCACAAACGCUCGAGUCAUGGCCAAGUACCACGGUAUCCGGCUGGAGUACCGUGAGCAAUGGCACAUUGUCUAUGACCUGCUGGGCUGCCUCAAAGCCAAACUGAACACAUGGAAAGGACCGUACAGCUCCCAAGAGUCUGUGAGCUGCCUGCUUCAGGACUGGCAGGACACAGUGGAAAGGCAGGGCCUGAUCUCCACGUUGAAAGCAGAGCUUAAUAAGUUAAAGGAGACAGCCACCAUGUGCACCAGCAAGGCAGCCCUGGCUGAGGACUCAGGUCGGGUGAACAGACAGGUGAAGGAAGCAGAGAGUGAGGUAACUCUGAAUUCAGAGGCGGCAGAAGCAGUGAAAGACACCCUGGGCCGUGUGCUAUUAACCUGGGAGUCGUACAAAGACUGUUUACACCUGCUUCAGGUGUGGCUUGGACAGCAGAGCCAGACCCAACCCUCAACCACUCAGACAGAGGAGGUGUCCUCAGAUCUGUCUAAGUGGAGGUCCCAUCAUGCUCAGCUGAAUGAGGCAGGGACCUACCUGAUUGAUCUGACUGAGUGCUCCACCAGCUACGCCCUGGCGGAGGAAUUGAGUCGCCUCAAUAUGCAAUGGGCUGAUUUCAUCAAGAAGACAAAAUUUUCAGUGGUCUCUCAGGCUCCCAGCGUUACACCCGGAGCACAGGCUCCUCAGAUCCUGGUGCAGGAGGCAGGCUUUCUGCUCCGGGAACCAGUGGAGGUGAACUCUGGAACGUUACGUUCAUUCAGAAAGAGAGUUCAGGGCAUGAUAAAGAAGAUGUCAGAGCUGGAUUUGGAUUCUGUCACUGCAUCUCCAGACUGCUCUGAGGAGAUGCUACAGAAACUGAAACAAACCCUUCCAGAGGUCAGGCAGUCUCUAAGUACUGCCGAGCAGGCAUGUGAAUGCCUGCAGAAAGGUGCGUCUUUGCUGGAGGGCCGGGUGGCUGAACUGAGUCACUGGACCACAGAGGCCCUGGACGUCUGUGAACACCUUAAGGAGCGGGAGCAGAGGAGACUCCAUGGGCCACACCCUAGGGCCAAAGGGCUGAUCUCCAGAGGCCUGCAGCUGGAGGGACAGCUGGUGACUGAGGGGCAGGACAUCCAGGCUCUGCUAGAGUCAGUACAGAAAAGCUCUUCCCUCCCCUUUCUCAGUGCAUCUGCACUUCAGAAGAGAGUCAAAGAGGCUGUCCGACAGUCACAGGAGGCCGUAGAGACACUGAGCCGUUUGGGAGUAAAGUGGCAGGGGAACGUUAAUACUGACCAAUCUCCCCCAAAUGUCACAGCUGGUGCAAUCAGUCAGCCAGAACCACAAACCAAAACCUUCCAGCAGUACCAGCCCCAUGCCUCUCCUAAAGGAGCAUCUCAGAUAUCUCCAAAGCCUACAGCUCAACCUCCGCUCCGCACCACAAGCCAACAAAAGAAGAGUCCAGGACCAGCAAAAAUUCCUCUGCAUACACCAUCUCACACCCACACUCAAGCCAAGUUACUCACACAGACUGGCCCGCCAGCACAGGCUCAGUCUAACACACCACAAAGUGCCGUUCAGCAAGGACAGACACAGCCUAAAAGCUUCGCUCCCCAAACAAGCCUUAAGCAGAGAGGCCAAACCAAGACCCGAAACCCUCCUCCAGCCCCAGGCCAGCAGGAGGUGUAUGCUCGAGCCCAGGCACUUGCCAGGAGCCGUCUGGAGAAGGCAAAACAACACCUCCAGGGGCACAUACAGGGGGCCAUCACUGUGUUCAGCAGCAGAGCCAUAUCUGAAGAACAAGCUAGGAGAAUGCAGGAGACAUUGAAGAUGUCUACAGGGUUAGAGGAGUUCUUGGAAUCUGUUGAGGGCCUGAGGGCAUUCUGCUCAGGGACCCAACUCAGAGACAUAGAACUGCUCUCCCUGUCUGUCAGGGCUCAGUGGGAGGCAGCAUGUUCAGCGAUAAAGGCCUUUUUGCCAGAUUUGCAGUCUGAGGUGAAACAAAGUCAGUCAGCUAACAUGGCUGUUUUGAGCUAUGAGGUUGACACUAAUACACAAAGCUUGACCUCUGACCUUGAUGUCAAGUCCAACGUACAGGUGGUCAUCAGGGCUGACAGCACAGAGACCAAACAGACACCUGAAAGGACCAUCAUCCAGACCACCUCCGGAGAGGAAGACGAACCCUCCCCACAGGAAGCCCAGAGAAGAUACAACACUGCCCGCAUAGUCUUCCAGCAGCAGCUGCAGGAGAACCGCCAGCGCCUAGACGAACAAUCUCCCAGUGUCACGACCCUCUCUCUGCACACCCAACUUCAGGAUCUACAGGCACUGAAACAUCAAACUGAGGCCCUGUGGUUUGAGUUUGAGCUCCAGUACUCCCAGUGUUUCCAGUUCAUGGAGGAUAGCUGUAGUUUGGAGUCAGACAGAGCAGAGCUCAUUCAGCAAUGGAGAGGCCAGAAUAUUUGUCUUCAGGCCCGGAUGAAGUCUCUGGAGGCUGCUGUUGGAUUAAUAGAUGCAUCAGACAUCCAGAUCUCACAGAUCUCAGAGCAACUGAAUAACCUCGCUCAGAAACCCUUGGACAUCACAGGCUUUUCUCUGACUGAUCCCACAUCUGUCCAUGCAGACAUCAAGCUCCUGAAUGAGAGAAUUCAGAGAGAGCAGGCGCAUCUAUUUGAGUCCAGCUGUGAAACAGAUGAUCCUGGUGUUCUGAAGAAUGAGACUGAAGUCCAGAGCCAUCUGCCAAUACAACAUGCAGUCCAGUGCUGCAAACAGCGCCUCGACCAGCUGAGGGAACGUCAUAAACAGACGGAGUCUGCCUUGAAUGUUCUGGAACAGUUCCUCUCCCAUUUACAGCAGGUGGAUGGGGAGCUCUCCACAGCUGUGUCUUCCCACAGCACAUCCCAGGCCUUACAGGUGGCAUCUGUCCGGCAGAGACUGCACAGGGCUGGGGAAGAGGCUGCGAUGCUGGAUAACUUGCUGGUAGAGGCAGGGUUGAAACUGGCUCUGGAUGGGAAACCAGUCAGUUGUCAGGACAUGAUGUCAAUCUUGGCCAAACGUCUUGAGGAGGCAGAAACCCGUUUGAUAUCAGGAAAGAAGGAAAUGGAGAAAGGAGUCCAAGGGAGAGAGGAGGAUGAAAGGAGGGAACGGGCAAUAGCAAGGAAGAGGAGAGCUUUGCAGUUUGGUAUUAGGGAGGUGCUAACAGCUCUUGAGAAGCAAGACCUCAAGGAAUCCACAUUGCCAGCCUUGCAACAUAGGUUGCGCUUUCUGACAGACAUGGAGAGUAAACUGGCGGCAUUGCACUCUGAGCUGCAGAGUCUGCAGGAUGCGUCUGCGCAGACAAGCCACUCAGAUUCAAGUAUCAGACAGCUUGAAACACAGUGGGAGGAGACACACCGAGCAGUCGCUGAAAGUCGUGAACAGUGUGUGUCUCUGAUUGAGCUGCUGAAGAUGUUUCAGAGCUGUCGCAGUCAUCUAGGAGGCAUUAUGCAGAAAGCUGAGCAGACGAUCAGUGAGCAGUCCUCCUACAUGGGGAAAGACAACCUGCAGCGACUCCUCACUAGGGUCACUGGAAUAAAGUCAGAGUUAAGCGAUCUCGGGGAUGGUGUGGAGGAGUUUCGAGGCGUGUGUAGGCAGCUCCAGUCUCAGAUGAGGAAGAUUUCAGACUGUGCUGAUGCUCCAUUCGAGAACGAGGCUGAUGCCCUUAUGGAUCGUUGGCUUGAUAUCACUGAGAGAACUGACAGUUACCUGGACAACCUUAAGAUUGGCCUGGCAUUGUGGGACAAGCUUCUGGUACUGGCUGGGGAGAUAGAGACCUGGACUACCUACAAGCUGAAGGCAUUUGCACAGACCUGCCCAUUCGAGACUGAGCUAGAGGUCACUGCCAUGCAGGAGGAGCUGAAAGCCCAAGAGGACAGUGUAGAACGUUUCCAUAGCAGGGCGGCUGAGAUCCAAGAGCUGCUCCAGAGCAGGGAACCCCCUCUGGAGUUACAGGUAAUUGAAAGUCAGCUGAGAAAGAGGAUGGGAGAGGUCAAGGAGCUCUUUUUGGAAACCUCUGAAGUGUUCAGGGAUAUAUUGGCAGCCAAGACACAGGUGGCAGCCAAGAUGGCAGAGUGUCUGUCCUCUCUACAGACAAUCCAGGAUUCACUCAGAGCUCUCUCUGCCUCUGACAGACCACAGCUUCUCCAAAAAAUCCAGAGUUUGUCUGUGGAGCUACAGACACAGGUAGAGCAGGCAGAUGCUGUGCUGCAGCAAGUGGUUCUCCUGGCCAGUGUUGCAGGUCCAGAGAACCUACAAGGUCUGGCCAAAGACAGCACUUGCCUGCAAGAAUGCAUCUCUACAACUCGACAGCUGAUAGAGCAGAAAAAAGAGCUUGCAGAGACUCUUAGUGAACCAGCGCAAGGACGAGAUACUGUACCCAGAGAGUUUCAGGAGCCUCAGUCCAAUGAUCCUUCACUGGGGAAGACCAAAGAAAACCAGGCACCAAAAGCCACAAUCAAAAUCACUCGAGACCGCUCAAGAACCCAAGAUCCCCUACACAAGAAAAGUGAAGAUUUUCAGGCUGUACACCCCCCACUGAAAAAGACUAAAGAACUUCAAUGUUCCCCCCUAAAACAAAAUAAAGAUCAGGAGGUCCGAGACCCCCUACUCAAGAAAAAUAAUGAACAGAUCAGAGAUCCCCAACUCAAGCAGAGUGAAGAAGUAAGGAGUGAAACUGUCAGAUUCAAGAAGACUAACGAAUUUCAGUCCAAAGAUUCCACAGCUGAAGAGGGUCUUGUUCUUCAGUGCCAAAACCCCUUGUUGAAGGAGACUAAAGAAAUCCAAGCUCAAGAUCCUAAACUGAAGGCGAUUCACCCUCUUCAGACUCAGCCACCCUGUCCUCCAAAAGCACAAGACAAGGGACUUGAGGAAACACCAGGUCCUCACCAAGAGGACUUGCUCAGGGAGACAGAGGACUUUCAACAGCUGACACAGACUGUCAGGGAUUGGGUCAGAGUAUUGCAGAUAAAGAUUGAUCCACUGGGCACUGGAACCUGUGGCAGUCUAGCCCAAACUGAGGAGAAACUGCAGGCAGCUCUGCAGGCUGUGUUGGAUGAGAAGAUGGAGGGAAACAGCAGACUAGAGGAGCUCAAGGUCAAAGGACAGAGACUUCUUGUGAGAACAGGACUGGAGGGGAAAUUCAGACAGGAAAUCCUGCACAGCCUCAGGGACACAGCAGAACAGUGGAACAUGCUCCUGCAGUAUGCAGAUCAGCAGUACAGAUUCAUGCAGGGAGUAGUGGAGCGAGCAUCUGCUUACCAGUUACAGAGGCAACAAGCCCAGACCAGGCUGGAACAGCUGCAAUCUCAGGUAGCAGAGCUGCCUGUCCUCUUCCCCUGGCCUGGUCUGACUGAGAGACAGAGAGCUGUGGAACAGGCCCGGAGCCUCCUGGAACGAGUGCAGUCCCUGGCACCAGCCCUUUCUGCUCUGCAUGCUCAGAGCAAAGAACUGACCCAGCUGACUAAGGACCCCAGCUGGACUGAUGAAUCCUUGACUAAACUGGAGAACUCUGCCUCUGCCUUGGUCAAACAGCUCAACGAGGUGUGUUGCAACCUGGAUCAAAGUGUUCAGGGAGAAAAACAUUGUGCAAACCAACUUCAGCAUUGUAGUAACACAAUGGACUCACUGCAAAAGAGGACACAGGAAACAGCCGAACACAUGUGCGACCUGGAGUCAAAAUUACAGAAUCUUAAGGCAUUACAGCAGGCUAUUGACCAGAAGGGCAGGGACCUACAGGAAGUGCAAGCUCUUACUGCUGCCUUGCUGCACACCUGCACCACAGAGGGCCAAACUACCCUUUCCAACAAUGUCCAGAGUCUACAGAAACAAAGGAUAGCUCUGGAAAUGACACUUCACAAACAUCUUAGCUGUUUGGAGAAUCAGAGGAUCAGCAGAAAGAGCUCUGAACAUGCUGUUGAAGAGGCUCUCCAGGCCCUGCAGCAGUGGAGCCAGGCCCAACAAAGAGAGUCCCAGUCCCCCCCAGAUACCAUCCACCUUAUCCAGGUGACUUUAGAAAGGGGACAAAAACUUCAUCAUACACUACAGGAGGCACUGUCACACUGGAAAGUCCUGCAAGGUGUUGCUGGACAGGAGCUGAUGGGGACAUUGGAGAGGGACAGCUUAAAAACCCUUAGUGACAGUGCCUCUCAUCUGUCUGACCUCGCACAGUGUCUGAAGGAAGAUAUGGCCAACGCCACACAGAUGAAGACUGUAGACGGAAGACCAGCAGUCUCUAUAGACAGCACACAGGGAAAUACAGUGCAUCUCAAAGAAUCAUUUAUUACUGAAACUGAACACAUGGAGGCAGCAGAUGCCAUACAGAGUGAAGCUACAGACCCAGAGCAGGCAGAGAGCACAGUUAGAGAAGAGGAGGCCUUGAUGGACAGUGGAAAAUUGAGUGCAACAUGCACAAUACAAGCGAACACCAGACCUCAAGAAACGGCAGAUGUCCAAGCUACAAAGGCCACAGAGAAAGAGGCCGUGAAACUAACAGCAACAAGUGUUUCACUGGCAGAGGGGCCUAAAUCAAAGUCACACAUCCCUACCCAACUGCCCGGCAAGAAGAAUGUUAGUGCCCACGUUGUAGCAGAGAUGAAUACGGGAAAGGAUGAGGAUGACCUGGACAGUGUUCAGUGCUCACAGCCAAUGGAAAUGCACGGAGCCAAAAAGGAUUUACACGUCAGGAACAAAGCUGCCCGGAGCAAAGACUCAUUUGCUGGCGCCUGGGAGAAGGAGAGUCAAAUGGACCAGCUGUCUGGAACAUCUCAGCUGAGAGCAGUGGUGGAUAUUAUUACUGAUAUUCAGCCUCUCUUGAAGACUAAUGACAACACUAUGAUGAAAGGUCUGCCUUUGGGGGAUGCUUGGUACUUAGAGCCCUUACCCACAGAAGCAGGGGCUCAGCUGACCCGAACGGUUCUGAGAGUUCUGAGUUGUAGAUACCAUCCAGCACAGAUUAACCCUGUUCUUAUGACCCAGCAGCUGCAGGAGGCUCAGUGCCUCAGACAGUUGGUCAUGGAGCAAGUAAGUGCUCUGUCCCAGCAUGAUGCUUCCAAGUACCCCAGCUCAACAGCAAGCCAGUGCUUGGAGGGACGAUGGAGUGCAGCUUUGCUGGAUGCCUCUGCCACCGUGCAGAUUAAAGAAGCUCAGCUUCAGCAGGUUACACAGUAUCAACAAGAAACACAGACCAUCAGAGACACCUUACAGAGUCUUGAGAUUGAGCUGGAAACACUGAACCUGGACUCAUUGGGAAGCAGUGCCCUGCAAUGUGAAAAACUGCAGGCAUUCCUAAAGAGUAUGGAGCAGAUGAGGAGCUUGUUUGGAGAACUAUACCAGAUAUCCUCUCAGGUUACUGCUCAUAUCAGUGAGACUGAGGGUCCUGUGGCACUUAUUGUUCAAGUGCAUGACUUGCAGGAGAGGUGGCGGGUUUUGAAGAGGACUGCAGACAAAGCCCUGAGGCAUACCUCCAUCUGUACCACAGAAAUGUCUGCAUUGGUGCAGGAGGCUAAAGAAUUGCAGGAAAAACUACAGACUAUGCAGAAGUUGAUCACUCCUUCACACUCACCUCAGACACCUAUGGACAGCCAAGCUGUCAUAAAACUGACUGUGGCUACUUCUGACCUUGUAGUUGCUAAUGAGUAUUACCAGCACUUACUUAGGGUUUCUCAGGUGCUUAAACAGGGUCCUUUGGGGAAGAAGGAGUUGGAUGAUGUGGAGCAUGUCCUUCAGAAUGUGAAGUCUGAGCUGGAUCUUUCUCAAGAGAUGCUCUCUGUACAUACGCCUGACACUAGUGAUCAGUUGCCUACUGAGAUCCUCAAAGUGAUGCAAGAUUAUUUAACAUGGGCCGAACAAACGGAGAGCAAGAUCGGGAGGAGAAGAAAAUUAGCGCUCUUCCCUGAGGAAGCUAGACAUCAAGUUAAUGAAAUGAAGAAAUUGCAGUCAGAAAUUUCAAACAGACAGUCCAAAUUUACUUGUGCUGUUAAGGAAUUUAGAGAAAAAAUUGUAGGUCUCAGUGAGAGGGAUACAUCCAUAAUGCUGUCCUUGGAAAGUACUUUAGAGAACCUACACAGAAAGAUCGCAGAGAACUGUUCCUUUGCUGUGGCUGAAAUGGACGUAAUGUUACAUGUGAGAGAGAAGAUAUGGGCACAGAUUGCCAAGGCUACCUCUUGGCUUAUGUCACAUUUUGAAAAAGAGUACAACAAAGAUAAGGUUUCUGAGCUUGUAAACACAGCUCCAGACUUGAAGAUGCAGCUUCAAAAACAUAAAGCAACCUUGAAAGCAGCAGACAGACAAGCAACAGUCGUUGAGACUCUCCUGGACGAGGUCAAAGAUGUGGCUCUGGGGCUUAGCAUAACAGAGGGCUGCCAUUUAAUCAACAGGCUUAUAGCAUUGCAAGCAGAAGUCACUGAUGUUGUAAGCCAUGAAAGAUCUGUGUGUUGGGAGCUUGAGGAACUUCUGCACAUUCACGAAACUUCUGUUAAGGAGCGUGCUGCUGUCCGUAAGAGCCUGCAGCAGAUCUCAACAGAAAUUGAGAGGCAGAGGUAUCCAGUGACACGGGAAUCCCUAUCUACAAUUGAACCUCUGAGGCACAUGUUGAUGGAGCACCAGUGUCAUGUGCAGGAGAUUCAGUGCUGCCCGGAGUCCCAGAGGAGAGAGCUACUAAACAUUAUCUAUGAUUUACAGAAUAAAACAAGGCUGCUUGACCUCCAGGCCAAACAAUACGAGAUGUAUCUGAGCUGCAGGCACCGUAUGGAGAACUCUAGAGAUGUGGUGAAGGACAUGGUACCACUAGUCACAAAUUCAAGUGUAGAUCUGGCCAAACGACUCAGGCUUUGCCUGGCUCUCCUGGCGGAAUUUCCUCUUGUAAAGACUUUGUGCCAGGAGACGGCUGACAAGCUGGAGGUCAUCUCUCAAAACUUUUUCCCAUCUCAACUUAGUGCAGAAAGGAAUAAGAUGCAUCAGACACUGCAAAGCUUGGCUUCCUGGGAGCUCACUCUUGGCAGAGAGAUUAAAAAUCUGGAGCGGAUUUUAGUUGGACACCUCAGCCACCCAGUGGACCAUACUGCAAUGUUCCACUGCUUCAGCAGGGUCAGACAGGAGCUACACCACCCUGUCUGUUUAGAUCCCGAUGAUAAUGCCAUCGACACAGAACUACGAAAGCGUUGGGCACUUCGGAGGACUUUGGAAUCUGGGUUACGGAUAUUAGAAGCCUGUGAGGAUGACACAGCGACUGAAAGCUACAGGGAAACCAUUGAUCUUGGAAAGAGAACUCUACAGGACUGCACUAAACUCACGGUAAUCUCUUUGCUUCAUGCUCAGGAGGCCCUGAGUGAAUAUUAUUGGACUGUGCAUGGAGUUGCAAGGUUUCUUCAACAGGCAGAAUCCAGUCUCCUGAAUUCCUCCACCAACUUCAAGGACUGUAUGAAGGAGAAACAACACACUCAACAGUCUUUGGGCAGUUUGGUUGAAGGUUUUCAGGCUCACAUGACUGAAAUCUGGACUAGAGUCCCUCCGCUAAUGUGCCUCUCCAUCCCCCAAACUGAACAACUCCACAUUCAGAUUCUAAGCCACCUUCUGGUGGCGAAUGCCACUCUAGAGGCCCAGGCUCAGAUGAAACUGGACACCUUACAUAGGAGCAUCAAGGAACAGGACAUUCACGAAAAGGAACACAAGGAAAUAAACCAGAUAUUUAGGAACACUGAGUCUAAACUCUCAGCAAUUCUCUCUCAGAAAUCAACUUCUUCAGGGGACUGCACAGACCUGCUUCAGAGAGCUAUGGGUCUCCAGAGGGAGCUCCAGACCAUGUCAGGGAGACUAGAAAAGUUGAGAGAGAGUUGCCCAGGGCAGGGCUGCAGUGUGCCUGUGGAGCUGACACUUGAUCAUCUAUGGAGACGUUGGGCCAUGUUGCUGAGAAGAGUCAGUGCCCUAAAAUCCAGACUGACACACAGAGAAGAAGAAUGGAGGGACAUCACUGUGAAAAUGGAGAGAUCCAGUAUGACUCUUGACAGACUGUAUAGUGAACUCUCUGACCAGUCUGUUGAGAACAAAUCCAUGGAGGAGCUUCAGAAUAUUCUGACCCAAACAGAACAUCUCCUUGAUGGCACUGACCAAGAGAGCAGUUUCCUGGCCUCUUUACAGCUCAGCAUAUCAAGGCUGCAAGGCGUUUCUUCACCUCAGGACCUUAAAACACCCACCCAAAUCUGUUUGGAGUGGCGAUCUCUGCAGAGUCGCUGCAAGAGUCUAAGGGAGCAGGGAAUGAUUGUCCGUCGGGCAACGAUGGCUGAGAUCCAGGAGCGUGGUCAUGUUCUGGAAGAACUGGAGACAGUUAGGCAGGAUAUCGUCAACGUGCUUUUGCUCCUACAAACCCAGACUGAAUCUCAGCACCUCCAGGAAGUGCAAAUGGAGUUGGACUCUCAGAAGGCCAGAAUGCAGGACAUCUUGAGCAGAGUGAGGACCAGACAUGCCCAGUUGCCACCAGACAUUGAGAAAGUACAGCAGGAAAUCAUCCAUUCACUACAGAAAGCUUUGGAACAGAGUGAUUCCCUCUACAGACUAAGUGAACAAGUGAGAGAGGUGACUGUGGGGUUAGGAUGGGUGCAGACUUUGCUACAGCAGAAAAACCACAGUUUCCAUGAGGCAGAAAGGAACCUGAAGUGUGCUUGGGAUAAGCUGGAUCUUUGGCAUUCACGGAUCGCAGUGCUGGAAUCACAGGUCCAGGAGCUUGCCGAGGAGAAACCAGAGAAGGCUCAUGAGCUUAUGGAUGAGCUUAUGGAACCACUACGGCUUUACCAAACAGUGGCCCAACAGGCAGAGCAGAGAACCACCCUCAUCAGCAAAAUCCCUGCCUGUCUUCAAGAGUAUGAGGAUGUGCUCAAGAGCUCCACCUGUUGGCUGUCAGAAGCUGAGUCCUGGCUCAACACCCCUGGCACUUACACCUCACCAAAAUGUCUCCACUCCCAUGCCAACUCUUUUCAGGUUGUUCUGGAUGAAGCGAAGAGAAUCCAGACUGCUCUGGAAGCAUUUGUACCCAUUCUGGAAGAGAUCUCUCCUGUGUGCGACACUGCCUCUCAAGAACAACAGCUGCACGAAGCUCUAAAGCACAUCACACACCUGCAGGAAAGCAUCAUAGAACCUCUCAGCCAGCUCCAACAUGCAGCAGCUGAGAUGGAUGCCAUUGAAACAGAGGUGAAGGCUAUGGAGAAGAAUGUGUCAAAGAUCAGAGCGAUUCUGUCCAGCAUGGACACGGAUACCAUAUAUCCUGAGGAACAUCUCCAGCACCGACAGGUGAUCUUGGAGAACAUCCAGUCCAUGAAAAGGACCAUUGCAGAAAUUGAGAACUGUCGGCCAGGUCUGGGAUUGCCCCCUGAAGCAGAAAAGACCCUUACAGCUUUCCUCAGGGCUGAGCAUCUUCUGCAGAACAUUCAAGAUCUUCAGCAGCUCACUGAGGAACAGAACUCUGCAUUGAGGCUACUUCUUGGCCAGACAGUGGAACAGAGGCAGCAGUGUGUCUCCCCCUCUGGUGUGACCACAGAGCACAGCUUAGCCCUGCUCUUCCAUGUAAACACAGAGCAGACCUCGAUGGCAACACCUAACUCAGAGGAGGGUGAUGAAUUUGAGGAAGAACAUGAAGACUGUCACUCGUCAUCCUCCGAGACUCUUACUGGCAGUGUUUCGGAGGCUGCAGAUUCAGGAGCCAAUGAAUUUGAAUCAGUCAAUGAAGAGGUUAGACCUUUACCUAAGGACACUGGAUUGGUAUCCAAGGAGACUGGGCCAGUAACCCAGGAGCUAAAGGCAGUGGCUAAAAAGGCUAUAACAGCCACUAAAGACAUCAGAUCAGAAACCAAGGAGACAGAGGCUCUAACCAAGGAACAUGGGUCCCCAACCAAGGACAAAUCUUCAAUAACCAUGGGAAAGGAGACAGAACCUCAGAUGGCGUCAACAGACCACAUAGAAGGAUCCAAUGAUAAGGUCAUAGUGGAGGACCAUACCGCACCCCCUGCUCAAGGUCACAAUCAUCAGAUGUUCUGUCCUGAGACCUCGUUGGAGCAGUCAGUUACCACCAUAUCAGCACCUACUUUAGUCUUUUCUCCUCUAGAUACUGAUAUUGUAUUGCAGAAAGACACAGCACUGGAGGUGCAGAGUGAGUUAAAGGAACAGAGGGAUCUCAUCAAGGCCAUUGCUCACCAUGGAAGCAGCUCUGACCUUGAACAAGAGGAGCAUUCUUCAUCUCACUCACCAUCAGGGUUUUAUUCUGCAACCUUACGUUUUCCAAACUUGCCGAAGGAAGGCACCACAACCAGAGAGACGUGGACCAAACUUCUCACAAGACUAGAGAAACUGCAGGAGAUGAUACAGAGCGAGCAGCAUAAGGCUCCAUUUGGGGUUAGUGGUAUCGAUAAGCAGUAUUCCAAACUCCAUUUCCUGCUGGACAUGCACAGACACGUGGAGCAGCUCCAACACGUAUGUCUCAAAGCUGGUUGCAAGGGCACUCAGGUCAUCAUGCAGGAGAGGAGCCAUGCUGACCUAUCAGAGGAGCUUUGUGAAGUGUUGAGCAAGAUUACACAUUCUCUCGACAUGGUCACACACAUUUUUCCCACCCUUUCUGACAUGAGCAGAGAGGAGAACCAACUGCUGCUUCUCAACCUGGAGUGUCUGUUGGCAGAGCUGGUUGCUGUAAGCAGUGAGUUACAAACCCUGGAAUCAGUGGUCGCUCAGGACUUGGGUUCAGAGACACCCAAAGCUUCUGCGUGUCUGAAAUGUCUCCAAAAUUGUCUAUCUACAGUCCAGAUUGGCCUGUCGUCUAGAUGGGAUGAACUUAGCAAACAUCUCGGCCAAACAGCCCAGCUUCAGACAAGGAUGCAGUUGCUUGAGAGCCCAAUAUCUGUGUUAAAUGAGUCAGGAGAUGAGAACCAAAGCUUCAUUCGGAACCUUCCCAAACUAUGGGGGGCUCUAGAGCAGUGUGUGGAGUUGCAGAGCAGCUCCAAAUCUCUGUGUUGGGGCCUUGUAGGUCUGCUGGAACUGGGGUCUGAACGCCUUCGUAAAAGUCCAAUGGCAGAAGUGAACAGCCGUGCUCAGCUCCACACUGUCCUCAGUGGACACAAGCGUUACUUCAAGCGUCUAGCAAAACACUUUGCAAUGGUGCAGGACCUAUCACAGCAGCUGCCAGAAGGGGUGCUGCAACAACUCAUUGACAUAGAGAAGCAGCUCUCUGACAUACAGAAAGAGGCUGUGGAACAAGGGACCCAAAUGCAGCUCAACCUACAGGAAUGGUCAGAAGUGGAGGAUGUGUGUGGGAAGCUGACAAGGUGUCUGGAUGAGGUGGAAAUGGGAAUACCUAAUGAAACCUGGGAGAGAGAACCAGAAAGCCAAACAAAAGACAGACUGAAGACCUGCCAGAAGUUGAAAGAGGUCCUGCAGGAGACCAGACUGCAGGUUGGUGUGUUGCUGGAUCGAGGCAGGGUUCUACAGGACCGUGGAUGCUGCUGUAGAGGACAUGGACCUGCUGAUACAGGAUCAGUUCUAAUGCAGCGCUGCCUGGCUCUCCAAACAAGAUUAGACCAGGAGAUUUGGGCUGCUGAAAAAAUCAGAGAGAGCUAUGAGUUUCAGAGUGACUCUGUUGCUCUGGAGGAGUGGACUGGCACUGCCAGAGAGCACGUGCACAUGUGGAAAUACCAGCCUGCCAUCAGUUCUCAGGACUCAAAACUCCUCUUCACCCAAAUUAUGGACUUCUUUAGGGAGAUGGAGGUUUGGUCUGUGCAGAAGGCUUCUAUCAGUGCUACAGCUUCACAGGUCCUGCAGCUGAUGGACGGCCAGGCACCAGAGCUGCGCAGACGGCUGACUCUGCUAGAGCAGACCUGGGCCGACCUGACAGCAGUCCUGCCCUCUGCCCAUGAUACACUACAGCAGCUGCUGGCUGGUAUGACCCAGAGAGAGGUCAUGUCCGACCUUAAUGUCUGGGUGAGCCACAUGGAGGGCAGGCUGAAGGAGGAGAAAAACAAAUUCCAGUAUGUUCAGAAUUCCACAGAACUCACCCAGCACCUUCAGAACUUAAAGGACUGUAAAGCAGAGAUGACAAUACGUCAGUGUUGUUUAGACUUUCUGAACCAGUCUGUGGAUGAACCAGGUGAUAUGGAGGAUCUGACCAAUCGUGAUGAACGUAUUCUUCUUGCUGAAGAUCAGGGAGCCCUCAACUUGAGCUGGAUUCUCCUACAGAGAGAGAUUGACAGUCAGGUUUGUCAUGUGGAGCAGCUGCUUCAGGAUUGCAAAGACAGAGACAACAGACUGCUUCGCCUGCGUACCUGGGUCUCAGGCCAAACAGAAAGACUAAAAGCAUUUGAGAGGCCUCAGAGCCACACACAGCUGGAGCAAGCUCUGAAGGAAUGUGAGGAGGUGAAGGAGAAAGUAAAGUUGAAAUCUGCUGAGCUGUUGGAGCUGAGAGAGCUCCACCUGUUUGGGCAGGUGGAUGCAGAACACCCAGGAGACCAGGGAUUCUUCACACAGGUGGAUGCUACCAUUGAGGAGUGCACAGCACUGAAACAACAGUGGAUUCAGUUUGAGACGGUGGUCAGGGAUGCAGCUCUGCAGACGACCAGAAUAAGCUACAUGCUAGAGCAUGGACGAAGACCAAACCUCUCCCUGCAACAGAGCAUAGACCAUCUGGAGCAGCUGGAGGCUCUCAGAGCAGAGAGCGAGAAGGCGGGAGAAGUUUGGACCAAAUUACCCGACCUGCCCCCUGACCUGAAGAACAAAAUUGACUCUGGAACAGCUCUCCUCCUAUCUGAACAUCUGGAAGCACAGAGAACACGGUGGAAGGGUCUGGUGCAUGACGUGGAGCUGGGGAUGUUUAGAGCUCAGACUGUCCUGCAGCUCUGGCAGGAGUAUGGAGGACUCUUCAAGGACUGCACGAGGCAUCUGGACCUCCUCUGGGGACGGUGUCGAGAGCUUCUGAACCCAAAUCCUACUCCAGUGGACACUACAGAAACCAUCCAGACCAAGACAGAAGCCAUCAGUGCUCUACAGGAUGACAUAGAUGCACUGCAGAACAGUGUUGGAGAAGUGCUGGCUGCAUCUAAACAGCUUAUUGGACAGAUGGAGCCCUGUGCAGCUGCACUCAUCCAAUCAGAGACCAGGUUGCUGUCCCGUGAUGUUAUGCAUCUGAGCCAGAUUUUGGCUGGGAAAAAGGCGGUGCUCCAGGAGGAACUAGGGGAGCAUCUCAAUUUCAGAGGCAGUUUGGAGUCAGUAGAACAACACCUGAACAAUUUUGAAAGCAACGGAUCUCAGUCUGCAAGCAUGGAGACUUUGAAAGUGGGCCUCCUGGAGCUGAGCGCACAGACAGCAGAGCUGGGAGCUUUAAAUGAACUGAGUCUAAGACUUAAACUCAGUAAUGAGGAGAGAGAGAGACUCCAAACCCUCAACGCUCAGUGGGUGCAGGUGUUCUCUCAGGCCACAGAGAAACACAGAGAGAUGUACGCAGAGUGGUUAUGUGCCCAGAGCUUUCUGCAGAAGUGUCAAGGAUGGGUAGAAAUCCUGGACAAAAUUGAGCAUGACCUGGCCAAAGAUAUUUCCGGAAACUUCCAAGCGGUCUUCAGACAGCUAGCUCUUCAUCAGAGGCUGAAAAUGGAGGUUUUGAUCAGCCAGCAGCUCUUGGAUGCUGUGGUUAGCAAAUCGCUGUGCCUCCUGGAGGCUGGACAGGUUGAGGACAGGAGUGCUCUGAUUUUGGGGUUGGCCCAACUGAAGGAGCGCUGGCAGGGUACACUGCAAAAGGUCCAACAGCGUGGAACACAUCUGGAGGGACUGGUGAGACAAUGGAGGCUCUACAACACUGGGCUUCACAGACUCCAGAGACUACUGAGAUACUCAGAUUCACUACUGCCCCCUGCUGGUUUGGGGUUGUGCAGCUUCCAGCAGUUGCAAUGCUCUAUACAGGACUUUCAGUGGGCUCAGGAACAGCUCUCUCUUCAUGAGGGGCUGUUCACUCAGACUCUGCAGGCAGGCAAGCAGAUCUUCCCCUGGGCAGAUGUACAGAUGAGGUCUCAGCUGCAGGGUGAGCUGAGUUGUUUACAGGAGAACUGGGAGCACUGCUGCAGGCUGAUGGUCCAGAGGAAGGAUCUUGCAGACUCUGUCAUUCAGAAGUGGAACCUCUGUCAGACUGAACUGGAAGACAGCACAGUCAGAAUGGGAGAGAUUAAAGCCAGACUAAAGCAACCGCUGCCAGAAAUCCUGGAGGAACUACAGGUCCGUGUUAUGCAGGAGGACGAGGCUUCUCUGGCAUGUUGGGCAGGAGGACUGAGGGAGCUGGCUACCAUGAAGGCUGACAUUUCCCAGUACGUGCUGGCCGGAGACACCGCGCUACUCCAGGAACAGGUGGAAGCUCUCCAUGACCAGUGGGAAGAACUCUGCCUGAAGGUGUCCCUGCGCAAGCAGGAGAUUGCUGACCGUCUGAAUGCCUGGAUCAUUUUCAAUGAGAAAAACAGGGAGCUGUGUGAGUGGCUGGCUCAGAUGGAAAACAAAGUGGCUCACAGCAGUGAGCACCUCAGCAUCGAAGACAUGGUAGAGAAACUGAAGAAGGAUUGUAUGGAAGAGAUCAACCUCUUCAGUGAGAAUAAAAGUCACCUGAAGCAGCUUGGAGAACAGCUCCUACUGGCCAGUGACAGGACCAAGCAAGCAGAGGUCCAUGGGGCACUCCGUGAUGUUAAUGACCGCUGGCAGCACCUGUUUGACCACAUAGAGACCAGAGUGAAGAAGCUGAAGGAGACGCUGGUGACUGUCCAGCAGCUGGAUAAGAAUAUGAGUAAUCUGCGGACCUGGCUGUCCCGGGUAGAAACUGAACUGACUAAACCUGUGCUUUACACUGUCUGCCACAAUGAUGAGAUCCAGAGGAGACUAGCUGAGCAACAGGAGCUCCAGUGGGACAUUGAGCAGCACACAGAAGGUGUAGGCUCAGUGUUGACUCUGUGUGAAGUGCUGCUGCACGAUGAGGACGCGUGUGGCAGUGAUGUUGAAAACGACUCCCUCCAACAAACCAGCCGCAGCCUGGACCAGCGCUGGAGAAACAUCUGUGCCAUGUCCCUAGAGAGGAGGAUGAGAAUUGAGGAGACUUGGCGGCUUUGGUGUAAGUUUCUGGAUGAUUAUUCUCAUUUUGAGGACUGGCUGAACCUCGCUGAACGCACUGUGGCUGAUCCUAAUUCCUCAGACGUCCUCUACACAGUAGCCAAAGAAGAGCUGAAGAGAUUUGAGGGAUUUCAACGGCAGGUUCACGAGAGACUCACCCAGCUUGAGAUAAUUAAUAACCAGUACCGGCGACUGGCCCGUGAGAAUCGCACGGACACAGCCAACAAGCUGAAGACUAUGGUCCAGAAGGCCAACCAACGCUGGGAUAACCUACAGAGAAGAGUGGCAGCCAUAUUGCGUAGACUCAGGCAUUUUACCUGUCAAAGGGAGGAAUUUGAGGGUACGAGAGAGAGUCUCUUGGUCUGGCUGACAGAGAUGGAUCUGCAGUUGACCAAUGUGGAGCACUUCUCAGAGACUGACAUCAAUGAUAAGAUGAAACGACUCAAUGGCUUUAAGAAGGAGAUCACCAGGAACACUAUGAAGAUUGACGCUCUGAUUGUAUUUGGGGAGAGUCUGAUUCAGAGGAGUGCUCCUCUGGAUGCAGCUCUGAUAGAGGAUGAGCUGGAGGAGCUGCACUCCUACUGCCAAGAGGUGUUCGGGAGAGUAGCCCGAUUUCACCAGCGUCUCACCAGCCCCCGACUGGUGUUACUGGAGGAGCCAGAGGUCUACAGCAGAGAUCAGACUGUGGAGCUUAAAGGCUCUGAGCCAACAGCUUCAGGCCAAGAUACUCCCCCAACCCAGCCCUCGAUGUGCCUCCUGGCCCCCCCGCAGGAGCGCUCGGGUCGCGAAACCCCAGUCAGCGUGGAUUCGAUCCCGCUGGAGUGGGACCACACUGGAGAUGUAGGCGGCUCUUCUUCACACGACGAAGAUGAGGAGGCUACCUAUUACAGCGCCCUGUCAGAUGUAGAGAUCACAGAGAACCCAGAGUCAUUUGUCAAAUCGACAUCCAGAACUCUGGGAGUACCUUUGGUUUCAGGAAGGGUGAUUACUGAGGCUCAAAGCUGGCACUCCCCAGACACACCCAUGAGGAAGUCCCUUCUUGACAUGAGUGAUGGAGAACGAGCCUCACCCACACGUACAAGCACGCCAUACAAACAGGGCUAUGUUCGGUUAAUGUCAGAGUGCAGUGGCAGCAUUGAAAGUGUGAAAAGAGUUUCUCUGAUCCUGGAGGACGAAGACCAGCGUGAGGAGCAGGGCCUAACAGGCCUUAACACUGCCGAUACACAGUCAGGAGUACUUGAGCGAUGGGAGCUUCUGCAGGCUCAGGCCUUGAGCCAGGAGCAAAGCUGCUCAAGAGACCCACAGCAGAUGACCUCUGACCUGCAGGACAUCAAUACCUGGCUAGGCCGUGUGACCCCUGAACUUGAGAAGUUGCAGAAACCAGAAACAUCUGUUAGCGUCCGAAUAAUGGAAGCCAAAGUCAGACAACUUAAGGAGAUGCAGAAGGCCUUUGCUCAUUAUAAGACCCUGAUGCUGUCUUUGAACCUGGGCAGUCGGGACCUGCAGCAGGCCAAGAACCCUGAGUCCCAGGAGCUUCAGGAGAGCAUGCGGAACAUGAACCGUGGCUGGACUGAAGCAUGUGCAGGACUGGAAAGCUGGGAGGACAGCUUAAGGUUAACUCUCAUGCGCUGCCAGGAGUUUCAUGAAGCUUUGCAUUCACUCCUGCUGUGGCUUGCUCACGCUGAAAGCAGGUGUUAUACAGUGAACAUCCUCGAGCCAGCUGUUCAGGACCACACAUUAGUGGAACACAGGAGUAUGCUGAAGGGGCUAGAAGAGGAGCUGCAGAGCAGACAAAGGCAGAUGAGUUCCCUCCAGGAAAUCGCAGCAGGGCUCCUCCCCGAGGCAGGGGGAGAGGGGAGCACCGAGGCCAAGGAGAAGCUCCAUGUCAUCAGGAACAAGUUAAGGCUGCUCCUGCGACGGGUUAGCCAGGACCUCCAAACGGUGCAGGAGCGUUUGGUAAGUUCCUGCUAUGGUAAAAAUAUGAUCUCACCAUCAGCCGAAGCUACAGUUGGAAGAAGAACUUCGGGAAGCACCAGAGAGAACCAUGAAUCGUCCGCCCAGAGGUCAUUCUUUUAUCGGGUACUUCGUGCUGCCUUCCCCCUUCACCUCCUCUUCCUCCUGCUCUUGGUACUGGCAUGCCUGGUUCCAUUGUCUGAAGAUGACUACAGUUGUACACUUUCCAACAACUUUGCUCGCUCCUUUUAUCCUAUGCUGCGGUACACAAAUGGACCACCACCGACAUGA